UGUACAUAUCAAUAAAUUUCACCGAACUUUAUUUAUUUUCUGGUGAGAACCUACUCCUACUAUCGCGUAUUAAUAUUAUUUUGGAUACAAGAUGAGUUCAUUUCGACGUGACAAGAAAGAUGACGAAGAAAACAGUGCAAGUUUGUUCCAAAACCUCGAUAAAACUUCUUUACUCCAAGAGGCUAAAUACUUUAAUUCCUCGCCCGUAAACCCUAACAAAUGCAUCCACAUACUUACCAAAAUCAUUUACUUGUUGAAUCAAGGAGAAACUCUUAAUACCCAAGAAGCUACCGACGUUUUUUUCGCAACUACAAAACUUUUCCAGUCGAAGAAUGUAAUGCUACGUCGGCUGGUUUAUCUUUGCAUCAAGGAGCUGAGUUCAAUGGCGCAAGAUGUCAUCAUAGUGACGUCGUCACUGACGAAGGAUAUGACCGGGAAAGAAGACAUGUACCGUGCCGCCGCCAUACGCGCUCUGUACAGCAUCACCGACAGCAACAUGAUACAAGCUAUUGAGCGGUACAUGAAGCAAGCUAUCGUCGACAAAAACCCCGCAGUCAGUUCGGCAGCCCUCGUUUCAGCUUUACAUCUGUCUGCCACUGCUCCAGACUUAGUGCGCCGCUGGGUAAAUGAGGCUCAGGAAGCAGUGAUGUCCGAAAACGUGAUGGUGUCAUACCAUGCUUUAGGGGUUGUAGCAGUUUCUAAGCGCAAUGACAGACUAUCAACAGUCAAACUGGUUACUAAAUUAACAACUUCGUCAUUGCGUUCGCCAUUUGCACUAUGUCUUUUAAUUCGUCAUGCUGCAAAACUAGUUGAGGAGAAUCAAAAUGAUUCUGGUGAAUCAUACUUGAAGUUCAUUGAGUCAUGUUUACGCCAUAAAUCAGAAAUUGUGGUGUAUGAAGCAGCUCACGCCAUAGUGAAUUUGAGAAACACAGCAAGAGAUUUGGCACAAGCUGUAAGUGUACUUCAACUGUUUUGUAGUUCCUCAAAAGCUACAUUACGUCUUGCUGGUGCUCGCACUUUAGCAAUGCUCACUACUAAAGUACCUAAUACUGUAGCUGCGUGUGCAGUGGAUCUCGAAAACCUUAUUUCAGAUCCCAACCGAUCAGUUGCGACAUUAGCUAUAACAACACUUCUAGCAACUGGGGCAGAAAGUUCUAUUGAUCGCUUGAUGAAACAAAUAUCUGUUUUCAUGUCUGAAAUAUCUGAUGAAUUUAAAAUUGUUGUAGUACACGCAAUUAGGCGCCUUUGUUCUAAAUACCCGCGUAAACAUCAAGCCCUAGCAUCAUUCUUGGCGGGUAUGUUACGGGAUGAAGGUGGUCUUCAAUACAAAACUGCAAUUGCUGACGCUAUCAUUGCACUCAUUGAAGAGAAUCCUGAUGCUAAAGAAUCUGGCUUGGCCCAUCUUUGUGAGUUUAUUGAGGAUUGUGAGCAUGCCUCGUUAGCCGUGCGCAUACUUCAUGUUUUAGGACGCGAAGGACCUAAAGCUAAGCAACCAUCCCGUUACAUAAGAUAUAUUUACAACAGAGUUAUACUAGAAUCAGGAGCAGUAAGGGCUGCGGCAGUAACAACCGUUGCGCGUUUUGGAGCCGCUAGGGAGGAAUUGCUACCAAACAUCAGAGUACUUUUAGCUCGUUGCCAACUAGAUGAUGAUGAUGAAGUACGUGAUCGCGCUAUACUAUUUAGCGCGAUUCUUGAUUCUGGUGACCGCCAAUUAAUAGAAGAUCUUAUCACUAAUGUUUCAGUUCCUAAUCCAGUACUACUGGAAAAGGCUCUUAGUGAUCAUAUGAAUACAGACCCUGAACAGCCAUUCGACAUAUCGAUUGUUCCCACUAAAGAGGAACAUAAGGAGCUGGAAGAUAUCACCCCACAAAUAGAAACCCACAAACAGGCACCUGCCUCUCUUGAAGAAGUUUAUUCUGAUCAAUUGAAAGUUAUUCCUGGUAUAGAAAAACUAGGACCAUUAUUCAAAACUUCUGAACCUGUUGACUUGACCGAACCAGAAACUGAAUACCGUGUACGCUGUGUUAGGCAUGUAUUCUCCAGGCACUUAUUGCUACAGUUUGAAUGUCUUAAUACAUUACGGGAUCAAUUGUUGAAAAAUGUUUACAUACGCUUAGAACCAGCUCCAGAAUACAAAAUUCUGUGUGAAAUACCGUGCGACCAACUACCAUUCGACAAGCAAGGUAGUGUUUUUUGCCUACUGGAGUUUCCGAAAAACCCAAUGGAUACCAUGAUUUCUUUCGGAGCUACAAUGGAAUUUGUCGUACAUGACUGUGAUCCUACUACUGGUGAACCUGACUCUGGAGAGGGCUAUGCUGACACAUAUCCAAUUGAAGAAGUAGAGAUUGGUUGCGCUGAACAGUUCCGUACUCGUGCUGCAACUGAUGAUUGGGAGGCGAAUUGGGAGAGAGCCGCCAGUGCUGCUGAAGCAUGUGACACUUUUGCUUUGUCUCAGUCUGAUGUGAAUGAGGCCGCCGCUGCUGUUUGUAAGCACCUGGGAUUGCCCAGGUCUGCGAUCAGUGGUGAUGCGGUAAAGGAAAUUUGUGGUGGUGGAUUAUGGCGGGAAGGGGUGCCUAUGCUUGUAAGAGCAAGACUAGCAUCCUCCCAGGGAUCUGUCACUAUGCAAUUAAUUGCAAGGUCACCCCGUGAAGAUAUUGCAACUUUGAUUUUGGCCGCUGUUGGUUAAGUCAAUGUGUACGACCAAAACUUUACAAUAGACCACUAGUAACUAAAAAGUUCAAUAAUAAUUUUUAAUAAGUAAGUACUUUAUCCAAUGUUAAAUGUACCAUCCAUUUAUGAUAAAUUUUGGAAAAAUAUUUUCACU